CCUGAUACAUAACCAUGGCAAGUCCUCAUUUCCAGUCCCCGACUCUGGCUUGCUCCUCGAGUGAAUUUUCAUUUCCUUCAUUAAUGCCACCAGUUGGCACGUUGUAGUAUCGCCUCCGUUCUGGUAAACGAGUCUUUCUCUCUCUGGUAUACGAAACAAAGUCAUGGUCGCUUUGGAUUUCUCAAGAGGCCUCGGUCUGGCCGCCACGGUCUUGGUUCUGUCACAAGCAAUCGACGCCGCCAUCCUUCCUCGGCAGAGCAAUGAUGCCCUUCGACCCUGGGUGACGGUCCAAGCCGACGGCGCAGCCAAGACAAUCACCCCGACCGUCAACGAUGGCAAGACCACGUCUGCCUUCACUGGCAGCUCGACUCUCCCAACGGCCGAUGCCAACGGUGCCGGGUCCUUCCUCCUAUGCAACCAGGCUUCGGGAGCCAACGGCGUCAACCAGCCCUUUUGCUCUCCCAAGGCUGAUACUAAGGUUGACGGAGGCAAGACCUACUGGAUAACAUGGGAUACUAGCCUUUUCCCCUUGCCCAACACAAUGGUCCAAGUCCAGGGUGACUACGGCGUCACGAACGCUAUCGACCCAGGCCACGGCUUCACCUCCCAAAUGCUCCCCGCGUCCCAAGGCCACUUCGCUUGGGCAGCGGUAGGCUACAACAUGGCCGCCAACGAAUCCCUCACCGUCCAAAUUUUCCUCGCCCUUCCGCAGACCAACGGCUCCAUCACCGCCCGUCACCCGGGAGCCAAGGUCAGCAUCGUCAACCGCCCACAGAACGACAAUAACAAUAACCAGAGACGCCGCGGCCCCAACGUCUUUGGCAUUGUCCUCCCCAUCGUCUUUGGUGUGCUUUCCCUCGGCGGCAUCGCCUGGUUCGUAUGGUGGUACGGCCGCAGGAAGGGCAUGUUCUCGUCCCGUGGCGGGGGCUACGGCGUCGGCAAGAGCCGUGGCCAGAGGACGGCUGACGUCAAGAUUGGGCUUGGAGACAAUGCGUUCUCGUCGCCUGAUCGGGGUGUUGAGAUGAUGCCGCCCCCGCCGAGACCGCCUCCGCCUUCGUCUUCGGAGGGUAAUGUCUUCCGUAAUGAGAUGAGUAGGCAGGAGAGGAACGAGAGGGCGCAGACCAUGAUGUGAGACUAUAAUUGUGAUCACUGAAAGAAUCACAGAUGCCCAGAUUGUGUGACUACGAAUUGGAUAUACACUCGCUUGGUUCUGCUUCAGAUUUUGGUGGAAGGCACCCUGCCGAUUUUUUGAUCCAAUGUAAUAAUACCCAUAUCCAAAAAAAAC